GACGGGUCGUAGCGAGAGAUAGCAAGCGUAGUCAGCAACCACUCGGGAUUCCGCUGUCCUCCGCUGCUCCUGUAACUCCGAGGACGACAACGACAACUUGCUAUCUAUCGUAAAGACUUCGCCUCCCUCCCGUUCGCUCUGCAAUUACUUCGCUACCUACGCUACACACGACACACACAUACACCUCACACACACUCUCAAGAUGACGACCGCAGAUGCGCUCAAAGUCUGCGGCAACCAGUGCUUCCAAAACGGCGACUUCGUCGGCGCCGAGAAGUUCUACACGCAAGCGAUAAUCAAGGACCCCACCAAUGCAGCGUUCUUCACGAACCGCGCUCUGGCGCGCACCCGCAUGGAGCAGUGGAAAGCCGUCGUCGAGGACUGCGAGAAGGCUAUCGACCUGCUUCCUAGUUCGUUGAAAGCGUACACCUACCUGGGCGUAGCAUUGCUGCACCUGAACCGACCCGGGGAGUCCUUUUCGAUGAGCCAGCGCGCGUACCAGCUGGCAAUUUCGCAGCGGUCGCCGUCCAUCUCCGCGAUCGCGGCGUCGUGCCUGCAGGCCAAGAAGGUGAAGUGGGAGCAUGCGGAGCGCGAGCGCGUGCUGCGCGAGAGCGCGCUGCUGCGGGUGACGUGUGAGGCGGUGAUGCAGGGAGGCGGGGACGACGAGGAGAAGGUCGAUAGGUGUAGACGCCUUGAGGACGUCUUUGGGAGAGCGGAGGCGGUGAGGUUGCAGAAACGUACCGUCCCGGAUUACUUGAUCGAUAAUAUCACCUUUGGCGUUAUGUGGGAUCCUGUUAUCACGAUCCAUGGCCACUCCUACGAUCGCUCAACAUUGAUCGACCACCUGAAGCGCAGUCAGACGGACCCGCUGACGCGCGAGCCACUGAAGGAGAGCGACCUGCGGCCGAACCUUGCGCUGCGAGCUGCGAGCGAGGAGUUCCUCAAGGAGAACGGCUGGGCUGUCGACUGGUAGAGUCAUAGUCGUAAUGGGAUUUCUUUCGGGGAGUCGGGUGCUUUUGUUGCAUAGCGGGUGGUUUUGCAGUUGCUUGCGCGUCGUUGUGAGGGGAGGGAGUGGAGGAGUGGAGUGCGAGGGGAGAGGGAGGAUGUGUACUCUAUAUGAUACCUGCGUAUUUUCUGGAGGUUCUUGCCGGAGGAUGAAUCUGACCGAUAUUACACUACACUACACACACUGCACUGCACUGCAUGGACUCGGAGCUUCCUUCAU